UCGUGGCCUUAUAUAUACGCCCAGAGCCACCCUGAGCCACGCUACUUUGUUCCGCUCGGCCCCAGCGUGCGGGUCCCGUGUGUGUCAGAGGAGGCAAAGAAGCUCACCCCCCAGCCGCCGCCAUGCCGCCGCUGCACUCCCUGGUGGUGGUCCUGCUGCUCGCCGCCUCCCUCGCCCACUCUUUGCCUCAGGAUGGCCCGAGCCGAAACUCAGACUUUACGUUUGCGGACAAGACGAUGGUGCUGGCCAGCAGGGUGUCAGGCCGUGACCUGACGCGACCUCGGCGACAAUCUUCGUCAAGCAGGCUCGUGGACUACCAAGGAGGCUCGGGAAAGCUGGAGUACAAGGACGAGAGAGACAUGGACGAGCCUGGGACUGACUCGGUUAGACUCACAUUAAAAAAUCGUGAAGUGGGUUGUCCUUGGGACGACUACCAUGUGUGUCUGAGUGGCCUUGUAAUUUGUCAUGUGGACGUGUGCGACGGCCAGGCGGACUGUCCGGAUGGGGACGACGAGCAGGACUGUGACACACACACACACACACACACAGAGUGCAGUAACGACGAGUUCCUUUGUGAUAACACCAAAUGCAUCCCGAAAGACUGGCUCUGUGAUGGCGACGAUGAUUGUGAGGACAAGACAGACGAACAGGACUGUGACACACACACAGAGUGCAGUAACGACGAGUUCCUUUGUGAUAACACCAAAUGCAUCCCGAAAUACUGGCUCUGUGAUGGCGACGAUGAUUGUGAGGACAAGACAGACGAACAGGACUGUGACACACACACAGAGUGCAGUAACGACGAGUUCCUUUGUGAUAACACCAAAUGCAUCCCGAAAUACUGGCUCUGUGAUGGCGACGAUGAUUGUGAGGACAAGACAGACGAACAGGACUGUGGUGGACUUGCAUUUCAAAGAAGUGAAAUGUGUUUUUCCGCGGGGAACGCAUACAAGUGUAAGAGCGGCGAUAAAAUUUGUGGUGUGAAAGUUUGCGACGGCAGAGAGGACUGUCCGGAUGGGGACGACGAGCAGGACUGUGACACACACACACACACACACACAGAGUGCAGUAACGACAAGUUCCUUUGUGAUAACACCAAAUGCAUCCCGAAAGUCUGGCUCUGUGAUGGCGAAGAGGAUUGUGAGGACAAGACAGACGAACAGGACUGUUCAGAGCGCUGCCGGCACUGGGAGUUCAGGUGCCGGGAUGGUUCGUGUAUCAACCAACGAUUACGCUGCAACGGCCGCCGAGACUGCCGCGAUGGCUCCGACGAGUGGCAAUGCAGACGACAUUAGCCAUGGCACCAUGGGCGGAACAGAUUUACGGAGGCCGAUCCUAACCUAAGGGAGGAGGCACUGCUGUAAGCCGAAAGCAACCCACCCAUCAGGACACUUGACGGAGAGGCACUACUUGACCCGACGGAGGCAGCGUGUGGAGGCAGGCGGGGAGGCCCUGGGAAGAUGAUGAACCGCUCUGUAGUGUCCGGUGUAGCGGACCAGAAGCUACCCCGGAGGAUAAAUUCCCAAAGCAACACCAAUUGCUGACUCCUUAAGGCACAAAACUCUAAACAAGACACAUCUGUGCGGCCUGCAGUGCUUAAGGUGUUCUCCAGGCUGUAUAACGCAGUCAGUCAGGCAAUCAGUCCUCAGUUCACUCAGCGUCAGGGUACAGUGUACUCACAAAGUGUAUACACUGUAACAUGAGUCUCUGCGGACUGGACGCGAUGGCCCAACGUUUUAUUCAUUUCUCGGCUGCGUGUUGCACAACACACUAAACUAGCUACAUCUUUGAGGUCUGCGGGGUUCAGGAGAUAUGAAAGUGGGAGCGGGCUAUUUUGUAUCUUAUUGAGCUGCCUCCUUUGCUAUGAAAUAAUCUUUAUCAUCACCCGCCGUCUGCAGCUCUGGGGCGUGGUGGGCUGUGCAUGAGCAAGUUUUAGUGUUGGAACUUCUUGUCCGCCACACCGGUUGUAGCAUUUUGAGUGACCUAAGAAGGAUCAUGUUUGGGGGCCAGUCGUGCACUCCGUCCUGUAUUUAUUGGGGUAAUUGCAUGAUACAAAACUGUCACAUGUCAAUAGAAUAACGAUUUUUCAUGCAAUGAACUGAGGGUUCCCUGCUUCCCUGGGUUUUCAAAUGAUUCUGUCCUCUUUCAGAACUUUAUAAUUUUUUACUAGACACUUUGCAGGAGCAGCGUCAGCUGGCUUUUUGUUACUUUUCUUCCCCCUGAGCUGCUUCCUUUCCUUAUAAAAAACAGAGAAGCAAGUGGGUGCUUGCGGCCCUUACACUUUAGCCACCCCUUCUGUUUUGGCUUUAGUUCACACUUCAAUGAUAUGAUCCUGCCAUGCCAUUUAUCUGUAGCCUUGAUCAGUAUUAUCGUGAUUUUAUUUAAACAGCUGUUGGUGUAUUGUAAGUAAUAUUAAUAAAAACACUUUGCCUUGCACGACCACCUAACAAGCGAGUGUGACAACCUGGCUUCGAUGCUCCACAAGUGACGAGUGGACGGAAACACCAAAACAUGGCGACGUCACCGCUCCAGGAAUGUUUCUGGUCAUGUUUUGCUUCCUGAGAUCAAGGAGGAUAUUAAAUGUUUGAUAUACUUGAUUACUGAUAUAUACAGCUUGGUUUUAUCUGAUAACACACACACACACACACACACACACACACACACACAUACACAUACACGCACACGCACACACACACACACACACACACACACACAUACACACAUUUAUGAUUUGCCAACAUUCCUUUAGAAUAAAUAUUUUAUUGUGUAUAACAUCGAAUUAAUAACUAAAAAUAAAACACUUAUCUACGAA